CUGGCUUCCCCCACUUUCCCGGGACUCUCCGCGGCGGAGGCGUGGCUACAGUCUGAGAGGCGGGACUUCCUGUCCAACUGGGGAUGACACGAAGUCCGGAAGUCAGCUCGCAGUCCGGCUCUUAUGGUGUGGUCAGGCCUCUAGUUGCUAGAUUUCUGCCUCGGUCGCGCUUUAUUUCCCGCCUGGCGAUGGCGACCUACACCUGCAACACCUGCCGGGCGGUGCUGGAAGACGCGGAGGCGCAGCGGGUCCACUACAAGACGGACUGGCACCGCUACAACCUGAGGCGCAAAGUGGCCGGCAUGGCCCCCGUCAGCCUCGAGGGCUUCCAGGAGCGGGUGCGGGCACAGCGGGCCCUGGCGGAGCCGGAGAGCAAGGGCGCGGCCACCUACUGCACCGUCUGCAGUAAGAAGUUUGCUUCCUUCAAGGCCUACGAAAACCACCUCAGGUCCCGGCGGCACGUGGAGCUCGAGAAGCAGGCGGUGAGUCGGAAAGUGGCGCUCAUGAACGAGAAGAACUUGGAGAAAGGGCUGGGCGUGGACAGUGUGGACAAGGAUGCGGUGAACGCGGCCAUCCAGCAGGUCAUCAAGGCUCAGCCGUCCACGUCUCCCAAGAAGGCGGCGCCAGCUCCCGAGGCGGAGCCCGGGUGUCCCGUGGCCGCCGGGGGACGUGGGACUCAGCCGCGAGACCCGGGCGAGAAACCUCCCCGGCUGCGGUGGUUUGAACGGCAGGCGAAGAAGUUGGCGAAACAGCAGGGGGAGGAAGAGAGUGAAGAAGACCUAGAUGGGGACGACUGGGAGGAUAUUGAUUCUGAUGAGGACUUGGAAUGUGAGGAUGCUGAAGCUACGGAGGAGGAGGAGGAGCAGGAUGCAGAGGAGGAAGAGGCAGGAGGAAGCACCCCCCUUGGUGCCAUCCCCAUAACGGACUGCUUGUUUUGUGCACAUCACUCAAGCUCCCUCACGAAAAAUGUGGCUCAUAUGACCAAAGUCCACAGCUUCUUUAUUCCUGAUGUAGAAUAUCUUUCAGAUCUUAAGGGACUGAUUAAAUAUUUGGGAGAGAAAGUUGGUGUUGGGAAGAUUUGCUUGUGGUGCAACGAGAGAGGGAAGUCCUUCUACUCCACGGAGGCGGUACAGGCGCACAUGAGUGACCGGAGUCACUGUAAGCUCUUCACAGAUGGGGACGCUCUUUUGGAAUUUGCGGACUUCUAUGAUUUUAGGAGUAGCUACCCAGAUCACAAAGAAGGCGAGGACCAUGAUGAGACUGAGGAGCUGCCCUCAGAAAAGACCCUGGAUUAUGACGAUGAAACUAUGGAGCUGAUUCUCCCUUCUGGUGCCAGGGUGGGUCAUCGCUCCUUGAUGAGAUACUACAAGCAGCGGUUUGGCUUGUCGAGAGCUGUGGCGGUUGCUAAGAAUCAGAAGGCUGUGGGCCGGGUCCUGCAGCAGUACAGAGCCCUGGGAUGGACUGGCAGCACAGGAGCAGCUCUGGUGCGCCAGCGGGACAUGCAGUAUGUCCAGAGGAUGAAGUCGAAGUGGAUGCUGAAGAUGGGGAUGAAGAACAACGCCACCCGGCAGAUGCACUUCCGGCCCCAGGUGCUGUUCUGAUUGGCCAGGGGCUGGGACGAUGGCCCUCCCGCUGCCACUUCCCCUGUACUUCCUCUGUCCUGACCUGAUAAUAAAAGCCAGGAUCAAAUUG